UGUCAAAAAAACACAGUAAAAUGUGUUAAUACAACUCUAACAGAGUACAUAUGAGCACAAUUGGGACCAUAUGUAAUAUGAUGCAACAGUUCAUUUUCUUCUGCAGUUAUUGUAUGUAUACACUUAACAUUUUACUGUGUACAUACAAUAACCGCAGAAAAGUUCUUUUGUUGAAGGCAGAGGCAAAGUGUGGUAUGUACAAGAAGUACUGAGAAAAGUGAAAUCCUACAUAUUCACUGGGGACCAUGAAAUAGCAGGUGAGGGGGUCGAAGGGACUUAAGAAUUUGGAAAAGUGAAAACAUACAUACCCGUAAGAGUGUCUCUAGCUAUUGAAAACAACUUAAUUGACAUAGUUUUGAAUUCUUUGAAGUGCAUUGUACUGGAAAGAAACAAAUAUGACAUCUAAUGUGCAUGUACAUACCACAAGAGAGUGGCAGAAACGAUAGUGCUUUUUUGUGCUGGAAAUUGACCGGUAGAUGACGUGUUUUUUAUACGAGACCAAUGAAAAGUUAUAGUCAAAAUGUUUUUAUUUUAUUUUUUUAUUUACCAAUAAUACCCACUUUGGAGCAUUUACACACUGUGCUGUGCAGGUCACUUAUAUUUUUCAGGGCCAUAAGGGUUCUCAUAAUUUGGAUUGGUGCAACAUAAAUGAAGUAACAAGUACAGUACUAUGCAGAAGGAAAAUGCGAGAUAUUCUGUACCGCUCACUUCCUGUAUGUGAUUCACUUCCUUUUUGUACAACCGUGCACAUAAUCUGUAGGCUGAGAGCUUCCCAUAUAGCCUGGCCAUCAACAGGAGCGCACGUUCACAAUCUUCAGGAAGUUUUUGAAAAUUAAAAUACAUUUUUUUAAAUGCAGUAAAAACAACUGAGCGGUACGAGUAAUUAAUGGAAUUGUGUGUUUAGAGAUGCUACGCUGGCUGUGAUUAUUGCAGAAUACAACAAAGAACACUGCAACAUAACCUCCAUUUCAUGCUCAGUGAAAGAAAGUUUAUUUUUGUUGUAGCUACCUCUGUUUUAGUUACAGCCUAUAAACAAGAUUGUGACCACUCCAUCUGUGAGUAGCAAUGGACCUGUUGUGUGCUGGGCUUCUGCUACUUCUCAUAGGACAAGCUCGAGGGGCAACUUAUUUCCUUUAUCAGGAGAAGAAUGAAAGACAAACAAUGGUUUGUAAACACAAAUGCUGGCAAAUUGACAUGGACUAUGACAACAAAGUGGAUUGUAAUCUAACAGUGAGGAUGGAAAACAAAAAAAGCAAUGAAGAAAGCAGUCCAGAAAGCAAUGAAGAAAGCAGUCCAGACAGCAAUGAAAAAUCAGAUAACUGUGAGAAAAUUGGAAAGUACUUAAAUAGUAACAAAAGCUGCACCAGUAAAAAACCAGUAAAAUUUGUUGUUAAUCCAGAAAAAAAUAAUGGAUUUUUUGCUUGUGUUGAUGCCUUUCAGUCACAAUUUAUAUAUCCAUUUAAAUCAGUCGAAAAUGAUUAUUUCAUCAUAGCCUUUGCAAAACCGGAUGGUGAGUUUGCUUCUUUUCUUUUUUUUACCACAUUUUUCCUCAUGUGCAAAACUUGUGAAGGUUUAAUAUAUAAUGGCAGAGUACAAAUGCAAAAUUAUUUUUUAGGUAAUUGUCUAUGCAUGUGUAUGAGCUUUGUGGCUUUGAAUGCCAAAAUUAUAUUGCUUUGCUCUCUGUGUGAGGUUUUUUUCAGCUAUCAUACACAGUCACCUAAUCAGCAUUUAUAAGUGGUUGUCAAUAUCCAAUUGCCAUUGGUGAUUUUUUUUCUUGACCUAAAGUGCUUUAACCAUCAGUCUUCCUUUCCCCCCACAGUGGCCUUUGCCUCAAAUAAGAAAAAAUUCACACAUUAAUAUACAUGAGGGAGAGCCCAUUAUUCUGAUAUGCAAUUUCUUUAUCUCUCGAGCCUUUUCAAGCUUGCCUUAUGUUGUGUACUGGAUCAAAACAGGUGGUGAGGGCAGUACAUGUGUUUAUUCUUAUGAAUUUAAUUCUCAAGAAGGGGUACACUAUGACAUUCGGUGUUCUCUUGAAAACAACCUUCGAACCAGGGUCUCAAACACCACUUCAGAUAAUCCCUUUGAAAACCCCCACCACCAUAACCUGACCAUCAUCAAUGGCACACAUUCAGACAGUGGACAUUACGUGUGUGCUUUAAAUGUGAUAGACGGAACUGAAGGCAGCUGGGUGGUAAUUUCUAAUGUCACCGUAACCGUGGAUAAGAAGGAACAAGAAAACCAAAACACAGUUCAGCUUUCAGUGGAAUUUGCUCCCUUGUGUCUGGCUGUAGCCCUCUUAAUCAUCAGUAUCUUUGCCAUUGCCAUUUAUAUGAAGAGAAAGUCCAGCAUUGCUACGGAAUCCCAAUUUGUGAGAAAAGAAAGACAUCAAAAUGGAGAUGAAUCAAUCUACCCUGACAUUUCCCCUUACUCAGUGGCUGGAAGAGAAUUUCAGACAUAUUCUGUGGUAAAGCUGACCGCUAAGCCAGCAGCCCAUGGUGUGGAGGGGGACCAGGCUAAGCUCCCGACUGAGCCCUACUCCAUAGUCAGGUUCACCCCUCAGUGCAACACCUUGGGAAGAUCUCAGGAGGACAGGAAGCUGGAGCAUCCAUAGAAGCUUGUGGAUACAGGGGCCCUUGUGUAUGAGAGCAUGAUUGACACAUACAGCACCUGUAAAUGAUCUACAAAGGAAGCAUAUUUACAUUUUCAUUUGAAAACUUUCUGCUUUUUUUCCAUUAGCAAGUCAUAUGUGCAAUAGUUCCAGGGUUUUUGCUUUAAGAGCAUUAGAAUUACAAUGUGCAUUGUUAUAUAAUAUUAACUGGGUGUAUGUUUUUUUAGUUUACAAUAUAAUUAUUUGUGUAUAGCACAGUCUUCCGCUUGGAAAGAUAAAAUUGAGAUGCAUUAUGUAGCUACGUAUCCGAUGUCAGGUGUAUAUCAAGUUGGUUAUCCUGUUCAAUUUUCACUUUGUUUAAUAGAAGCUGUGCCACUGAAUACUGCUUUUAAAGUUUAAAAGUUAAUAAAAGGUGGCUUCUUUUCACGUGAAAUGUGCUGCCGGCCAUUCCUGCGCAAAGCAAAAUUUGUACUCGACACUAGAUGACGCUCAAUAUUCAUUACACUCCAAUACCAUUACCUAUUCUUACACCAGGCACGCAUUCAUUUAACAGAUUUGAACAAAAUAUAUAUUUAAAAUGUUGAUUUAAAAAAAAUCUGGGUAUACAAUGUGUGAACCAAAACGAAAGUAAUGUGCCAAUACGGAUGCUGAACUAUAGUUGGGCGACGCACCUCAUGCCUCGGGUCCAAUCUCCCACCAAUUCCCUUUAGGGAAAGUAUCUUUGCCAAUAUAACGAAAGUUGAAAGAAAUUCGGGAUUCAAUCAGGAGUAUGGAAAACCCCGAACAUACCUCUUCCUGUUGUGGUAGCAGCGCCAAAACACGUAAAGACCUCUCUCAAACCAUAAGCCUCGGUACACAUGGAAGUUACGCCCCGAACGUAGACAUGGGACCCUUGUUUAAACAGAUGAAAUGUAUCUGUUCAUUCGGCAUUCGGAAUGGUCAAAAGCAGGGGAUGGGGAAAGUUGUGCUAACGUGAACUCGUUUACUUUUCACACGCUGUCUCUUGUUUAAUAUGGCAGAUAUUGUACAUUGCGAAUAUAUUAAGCUCAGUGCAAGAAACGCGUGAACAUUCUGGUGGCAAUGGUUGUUUUAACGUAUUUGCUAUCUGGUACCGGUCUCCCACUGUGAAACGAUAGUGUGCUAACUUAACAUUACCGCUAGCGUGUCUGCUAGUAUAGCAUAAUACAGGACAAAAAUGAGAAGCGUCGUGGCAAGUCUUCACGUUGCGAUAGCCGGCCAAGUAACAAGUUAUAUCUGGCUUCUUUGCUAACUGACCAAAUGGAGAAUGGUAGUAACACGACAAAAACCGCCUUCUGUUGAGAAGGAAGCAACAGCUAAUUACUAUACCAGUAAUGGAAGUUAAAGUCUGUUAAAAGCAAUAGUUUAGCUAACGCUAGCUAUUGAGGUGAUUCACCUGCACACCUGUUGAUUUAGUAAAUUACACAGAAAGCGUGAACUAGCUAGCUAGUUGGCAAGCAAGCUUGCCAGCCACUUCUGCUGCUUGGGAUGUUUUCCGUCAAACCAUUGAAACCAACAUUUAAAUCAUACCUUCUGCCUUUACAGGCAGAUCUGACGAAAAGCCCCCUGUCGUUAGAGGCCAGAUUACUCUCAGGGGAGAUCGUGGUGAACGAGGCGAGCUUUGUGAGGAAGUGCAUCGGCACGGACAGCAGCCAGGACGAUCUGUGGGGGAAGCUGAUCUGCACCAACUUCAAGAUCUCCUUCAUCACCCAGGACCCAUCGCCUCGACAGAAAUUCCAUUAUGUAAAUCGACUGCUAGGAGAGCAUGACAUUCCGCUGGCUUGCGUGGAGCAGGUGGUGACAGUUAACGACGCUAAGGGGAAGCGGAAAGUUUUGGGGUCCAACCAGAAGCUGAAGUUCAGCCCCACCGAGCUCAUUGUCUACUGCAAGGACUUCCGCGUCGUCAGGUUCCGCUUCGACGAAGCCGGGCCCGAGAGCGCCAAGAAGGUGUGCCUUGCCAUCGCCCAUUAUUCCCAGCCUGCUGAUCCACAGCUUCUCUUUGGGUUCGAGUACGUUGGGAAGAGGUACCAUGCUUCAGGUGACCAGGUCAAUGGCGCAGACCAGGGGGGCGGCGUGCAGACGCCCCUCUUCGACCGCCCCUGCGACUGGGACCGAGAGAUCAAGCGCACGGGGGCGUCGGAGUGGAGGGUGUGCUCCGUCAACCAAGGCUACGCCGUCUCUCCCAGUCUUCCGGAGUACUUUGUGGUUCCGGUGUCCCUGGCCGACCAGGACCUGAAGCAGUACUCCGGCUUCUUCAUGGCUCAGCGUCUGCCCCUGUGGUGCUGGAACCAUCACAAUGGGAGCGCCCUGGUCCGAAUGGCCAACAUCAGCGACCCUGCGCAGCAGAGGAAGCUGGACCAGAGGAUCUGCAACGCCGUCACCAAGAGCCACCCCAAACGCGGCGAAGUCCUGAAGUUUGACCUGGACAAGGCCCUGCCCAACAUCCAGGACAUCCAGGCGGCUUUCGUCCGGCUCCGGCAGAUCUGUGUGAUCGAGCCCUAUGGGGAGUCCGAGGAGAAGUGGCUGUCGUCCAUGGAAAGCUCUCGGUGGCUGGAGUACGUCAGGGCCUUCCUGAAGCAUUCGGCAGAGGUGGUGUACAUGCUGGAGGGACAGCAGGCGUCCGUUAUUCUGAAAGAGGAGCAGGGGCGGGACCUGAGCUGCGUGGUCUCCUCCCUGGCCCAGCUGAUGCUGGACCCGCACUUCCGCAGCCUGGGCGGCUUCCAGAGCCUGGUGCAGAAGGAGUGGGUGAUGGCCGGCCACCGCUUCCUGGACCGCUGCAACCACCUGAAGAAGAGCGGCAAGGAGGAGUGUCCCCUCUUCCUGCUGUUCCUGGACUGCGUGUGGCAGCUGCUGAACCAGUACCCAGCUGCCUUCGAGUUCACUGAGACCUACCUGACCUUGCUGGCCGACAGCAUGUGGGUCCCGGUCUUCAGCACCUUCCUCUUCAACUGCCCCCGUCAGCACGCCGAGCACUGCAGGGCCUUGGCCAGCAGUAAGAACGCCCCUUUGGGGGAGGACAGGGGACUGCGAUUCCCCCCCGUGUGGGACUGGUCCCAGCAGUUCAGCCCGAAGGACCAGACCCUCUUCAACAGCCCUCUCUACGUGGGCAAGGGUGCCCCCUGUGUGCAGAACGGAGCAGUGAAGGCAUUCAGACGCACAAAGAAGAACUACAGCUCCACCCUGCGGGGAGUGCCCUCCCCGAGGAACGGCCUGCUGGGGGAGCACCCCCUCUUCCCCCGCCGCAACUCCCUGGCGCUCGGGUUCAAGCCGGACCCGCUGCAGCCGCGGGAGACGGCGGAGAGCCCGUGGGAGCGCUUCUCCCGGGACUGGUUCUCCCGGCCGGCGGACCUGCAGGGCCUGCUGCUGCCCCAGCUGCUGCCCUCCCACCUGCGGCUGUGGCGGCUCCACUUCCUGCGCUGGGCGGCGGAGGCGGAGAUCCCGCGCGGCGGCCCCGUCACCGCCUUCCGCAAGGCGUCCCAGCUGGCCGACGAGAUCGAGACGCUGCGGCUGCAGCUGCGGCAGGGCAACGGGCCCGCCCCCUGCCCGGGCUCCGCCCUCAGCCCCCCGCAGCCCGAGCGCCGCAGGAUGUACUUCAGGGCCGGCUCCCCCCGCGACCCCCCCUCGCCCCCCGGGGGGUACCUCAGCUCCUCCUUCCCCUUCUCGCCCGUGGGCAACCUGUGCCGCCGCAGCGGCCCGGGCACCCCCCUCAGCAAGCUCCUCAGCGGCGCCAAGAUCUGGCUCUCCACCGAAACGCUGGCCAGCGAGACUCUCUGAGCCCCGCCGCACCCCCCCCCCCCCGCCCCGGCUUCCUUACAUCCUUACAAGGGACCGCAGCAUAAGCUCUCCCUGCAAAGGGGGCUUGGAGCUUUGGGCUUUUUGCAUUUUAUUUAUUUAUUUUGCUUUGCAGGAGAUAAUUCACUAAGUCGCUCAAAUCGCACAUUUUCCUGAGUAAGCUUGCUGUGUACCUGGUUUCCCGGGUGUCGGGUAUCGAAGCGUGAGAUGCAGAGGUAUUAGCGUGCUUGUAUUUGUACGGGAAGAGCGAGGCGCUGGAGUUUCAGCGGAGAUGCUUACACCGAGCUGAAGAGGCCUGCGGAGGGAAAUGCUAAUUGAUUUAAUGCUUUUAAUCUUUGGUGCUUUACGCUCUUCGAGCCUCUUAAGCAUUUCGUAGAGCGGUGUUUUUUAUUUUUUUUGAGAAACCUUCUAGUAAAGAGCAGCAGUCACUGUUUUUCAUUUUGUUGAGGUAGGGUAGGGCAGUUUAAUUUUACCACCUGUUGACUGGUGCAUUAGUCAACACUAUUCUAGUGGGUUUUUUUUUCUUCUUCUUUGUGGUUUUAGGACUUUGAGGAACUUUCUAAACAGCAAAACCUUCUGUUUAGAAAGUUUUUGGAGAAAAAAUUUCACAGAACCAUUCAAGUUUCUAUUUGACCCAUACGCAGGGGAAGUAGAAUAUUCAGAGUUGCAGAUUCAUGGUUCAUGUUCCGCCUCUUGGGUUUCGUGAAUCAUAGACCGCAGUGACAUCGCCGCCUUCGCGCUCUCAUGCAAUCUCACUGACGACCUCCCACCAACAGUCAGAACCGUUACACUGAUACUGCCACACUCUGAUGCCUGUUGUGCGGUCAUCUGAAUCUGACCCACCAAGCAUUCGUCUUUAGAAACACUAAAAAUUUGAGAGUCAAGCCCCUCCCUUUUCAACAAACCAAAUAUUUGUCCACACGAUCUCUUGGGAUGGUUGUAUGGCAAAGUUUGAUCCUUUUGUUGCUAACAAAAUGUAGCCUACAUUUUGUUCCUUUCCCUUGAUUUUCAUUAUUUUAAUUUGUGACCUUUUUUUAAUGGUAUUAAAUGGCAGCUAUUAAUGUAUGGUAAUUCAAGUGAGCUGCGUUUGUUUACCACAAAUUUUCUCUGAGGAUGCACUUUGCUGUUAAUGUAUGACCAUUAUGCUUUUUGUGUUUGCAUAAUUUGAUAAUGGAAAAACAGCACUGAUAUUUAUAAAGUUAUGCAACUAACUGGGGCACCGGAAGUCCUGUGUGCCUUUAAAGGGGAGUUUGAGCUUGAGCCUCACGGUGCAUUCAGAAUGCUGAGUCUGUGCUUUUGCUUGUCCAGUUUCAUUUUUAACAACCAUGUUCUAGAAUGUUUACUGGCGUCCUCUGGUUCAAACACCACUUGCCGCCAGGAAGCCAUAUUAGAACUGUUACUUCAUCAGGUCCCCUUUAUUGCGAAUAAACAGAUCAAUAACA